AUGUUAGGACUGGACUGGACUGGACUGGACUGGACUGGACUGGACCGACAUAACGGACAGAGUUGGUUGUUUUCCGCAGAUAACCACGACGUCAUCUCCAUGAAGCUCUACCAGCUGAUGGUGGAGCACAGCCCAGAGGAGGAGAACCUGGACUGGACCAAGAUCGAGCCCAGCGUCAGUCUGCUCAAGUCUCCCAAAGACAACAUAGACGAUCCCACGGGUAACUUCCGUGGCACGGCGCUGACCGGGUGGAAGGUGUUCCUGCUGCUGCUGUGUUCUCUCCUGGGCAUCGUGGUGUGUGCUGUGGUCGGAGCCGUGGUCUUCCAGAAGAGACAGGAGCGAAACAAGAGUUGGUGUGUGCGACGUCAGUUGGUGUGUGUGACGUCGGUUGGUGUGUGCGACGUCGGUGGGUGUGUGCGACGUUGGUUGUUGAUGUGUGCGACGUCAGUUGGUGUGUGCGACGUCAGUUGGUUUUUUUGUGACGUCAGUUGGUGUGUGUGCAACGAGAGUUGUUGGUAUGUGCGUGAUGUCAGUUGGUGUGUGCGACUUGGUGUGUGUGUGACGUCAGUUGGUGUGUGCAACGUCAGUUGGUGUGUGCGACGUCAGUUGGUGUGUGUGACGUCAGUUGGUGUGUGCAACUCGGUGUGUGUGACGUCAGUUGGUGUGUGUGUGACGUCAGUUGGUGUGUGUGUGACGUCAGUUGGUGUGUGUGUGACGUCAGUUGGUGUGUGCGUGACGUCAGUUGGUGUGUGUGACGUCAGUUGGUGUGUGCGCGACGAGAGUUGGUGUGUGCGUGACUUGGUGUGUGUGUGUGACGUCAGUUGGUGUGUGCAACGUCAGUUGGUGUGUGUGACGUCAGUUGGUGUGUGUGCGACGAGAGUUGGUGUGUGCGUGACGUCAGUUGGUGUGUGUGACGUCAGUUGGUGUGUGCGUGACUUGGUGUGUGUGCGACGUCAGUUGGUGUGUGUGACGUCAGUUGGUGUGUGUGACCUCAGUUGGUGUGUGCGACUUAGUGUGUGCGACGUCAGUUGGUGUGUGUGCGACGUCAGUUGGUGUGUGUGUGACGUCAGUCGGUGUGUGUGCGACGUCAGUUGGUGUGUGUGUGACGUCAGUCGUUGGUGUGUGCGACGUCAGUUGGUGUGUGUGACGUCAGUUGGUGUGUGUGCGACGUCAGUUGGUGUGUGUGCGACGUCAGUUGUUGGUGUGUGUGCGACGUCAGUUGGUGUGUGCGUGACGUCAGUUGGUGUGUGUGACGUCAGUUGGUAUUUGGUGUGUGUGACGUCGGUUGGUAUGUGUGUGACGUCAGUUGGUAUGUGUGUGAUGUCAGUUGGUGUGUGUGACGUCAGUUGGUGUGUGCGGCGUCAGUUGGUGUGUGUGACGUCAGUUGGUGUGUGUGACGUCAGUUGUUGGUGUGUGCGACGUCAGUUGGUGUGUGCGACGUCACUUGGUGUGUGCGACGUCAGUUGGUGUGUGCAACGUCACUUGGUGUGUGCGACGUCACUUGGUGUGUGCGACGUCAGUUGGUGUGUGCGACGUCAGUUGGUGUGUGCGACGUCAGUUGGAGUGUGCGACGUCAGUUGGUACAGUGUGACGUCAGUUGGUGUGUGUGAUGUCAGUUGGUGUGUGCGACGUCAGUUGGUGUGUGUGACGUCAGUUGUUGGUGUGUGCGACGUCAGUUGGUGUGUGCGACGUCAGUUGGUGUGUGUGACGUCUGUUGGUGUGUGUGACGUCAGUUGGUGUGUGCGACGUCAGUUGUUGGUGUGUGUGACGUCAGUUGGUGUGUGCGACGUCAGUUGGUAUGUGUGCGACGUCAGUUGCAUAGCCGUAGCACCAACUCCAAACCACUCCCCCCUCCCUCAUCAAACCACUACCCCCCCUCCCUCAUCAAACCACUACCCCCCCCCCCUCCCUCAUCAAACCACUACCCCCCCUCCCUCAUCAAACCACUACCCCCCCCUCCGUCAUCAAACCACUACCCCCCCUCCCUCAUCAAACCACUACCCCCCCUCCCUCAUCAAACCACCCCCCCCCUCCCUCAUCAAACCACUACCCCCCCCUCCCUCAUCAAACCACUACCCCCCCUCCCUCAUCAAACCACCCCCCCUCCCUCAUCAAACCACUACCCCCCUCCCUCAUCAAACCACUACCCCCCCCCCCCUCCCUCAUCAAACCACUACCCCCCCCUCCCCUCAUCAAACCACUACCCCCCUCCCUCAUCAAACCACUACCCCCCCUCCCUCAUCAAACCCCCCCCCCCUCCCUCAUCAAACCACUACCCCCCCCCCCUCCCUCAUCAAACCACUACCCCCCCCCCCCUCCCUCAUCAAACCACUACCCCCCCUCCCUCAUCAAACCACUACCCCCCCUCCCUCAUCAAACCACUACCCCCCCUCCCUCAUCAAACCACUACCCCCCUCCCUCAUCAAACCACUACCCCCCCCCCCCCCUCAUCAAACCACUACCCCCCCUCCCUCAUCAAACCACUACCCCCCCUCCUCAUCAAACCACUACCCCCCCCUCCCUCAUCAAACCACUACCACCACCCCCCCCCCCUCAUCAAACCACUACCCCCCCUCCCUCAUCAAACCACCCCCCCCUCCCUCAUCAAACCACUACCCCCCCUCCCUCAUCAAACCACUCCCCCCUCCCUCAUCAAACCACUACCCCCCCCUCCCUCAUCAAACCACUCCCCCCUCCCUCAUCAAACCACUACCCCCCCUCCCUCAUCAAACCACUCCCCCCCUCCCUCUCCACCAAACCACUCUCCCCUCGCCUCUCAACCAAACCAGUUUUUAG